AUGAGUUCUAUAGUAUCUUACGUCCGUUAUAUAAUGGGCUCAUGGUUAGAAGACAAUCGAAAUAAAAUAAACCUAAAACGCGACAGAUCCCAAGAGAAUGAAUACUCACCUAUCGGAGGUUUGAAGAGGCUAAAAGCUAUACCGAAAACAAUAUAUCCCGAAACUAUGUCUUCAAAAGAUGAAUUGGAAGAUAGCAGUAGAACUUACAAAAAUGUAAGAAUUGUCCCGAUCGAAAUUGAAGAUGAACAACCAACUACAUCUACACCAUAUGAAAGGGGGAAUAAGGAAAAUCGCAUUAGAGCAAUACCAAUGAGGUUGGUUGGUAGACAGAAUGGAUCUUUAUCACCAGUGAAGAGCCGUAAGAACAACCCUUCUCAUCCAAUACAUGCUUUGGUCCUUGAUAAUGAUGAGGAUGAAGAAGAGGUCACAUUAGUGGAGCCUCAACCAUCACAGAAGAAAACACCACAAUUGUAUAUCAAUGUUAAUGAUGAUGAUGAAAAUUAUGAUAAAGAUGUUGUAUUUGUAAAAACAAUAUCUCCAGCACGAAAACCUUUGAAGCUUUUUCCUCUUGAUGACACUGAUUUGGCAAAGUUUAUGGAGCCUAAGAUAUCGAAAUAUAGUCAAUAUCGCAAAAUUGUCGAUAAAGGCUCACCGAGAUCCAGUAGCCUACCCAGAAACAAUUAUGGCAUAUCUAAAGCAUACAAGAAACCAUCAACUACAUCAUUACCUAAUUGGCUAAGAGAAAAGACCAAAUAUAAUCAAGAGGUGAAAAGUAGUAGAGAUUCAAUACUAUUGAAACUCUUUGAUGUAGAUGAAAAAAAUAAUUUUAGAGAAUUAAUAGAAAAAAUGUCUCAAUUAGACAAUUCUGUAUACCGAAAACCAGUAGAUAUAAUUAAUUUAGCCGAUGAAACAGCUUCUUUUAGAUUGACAAAAAAGACCCAAAGAAACUCACUUAAUGAAAUUAAAAGAAUGGAGAGAGACUUUAAACUGAAUAAAGGACAUGAAUCUACAAUAGAAUAUGAUCCAAUCACUGUAGCUUCCAUAAAUUCUUCUGACUCCGAUGUUGAAGUAGUACCAUCAGAGUCCUCUGCAUCUUCAACUAGAAUUAAUCCAAUAAACACAUUACGUGAUUCAUUUAAAGACAGAAAGGUAACAUCAGGUGAUUAUUUGGCAACAUUGGACACAAAAUAUAAUAACAAAAAAAAGGAAACUCAACAAAAAAUUAAUGAUGCACGACGUGAAUCUGAUAUUAUAUCUAAGGUUAAUCAUGAGCAAUCUUUAGCACAUUUGAGAAAUAAAUUGAAGUAUGAAUUAUGUAUAGAAGAGAGUUUAAUUGUCGAAGAUCAACCCUCAGUUGAGUUGCCUCCACUAACUCCUGAGCAGGAGAAUCUAGUCAGUAAAGCAAUGGGACCUGGACCACAGGGACAAGUUCUUAUUGAGAAGUUUAAUUUAAGGAUAACAAGACGUGAUCUUCAAACACUGUCAGGCUUGAAUUGGCUAAAUGACGAAGUCAUCAACUUUUAUAUGAAUUUAUUAAUGCAAAGAUGUUCAGAACGCAAGGACUUACCCCAGGUCUAUGCAGCUAAUACAUUCUUUUAUCCAAAACUGAUGCAGAGCGGACAAGCUGGUCUCCGACGAUGGACUAGAAAGGUGGAUAUCUUUGCGCACGAUCUCAUGGUGGUACCAGUUCAUUUAGGGAUUCAUUGGUGCAUGAGCAUCAUUGAUUUUAGAGAGAAAAAGAUCUCUUAUCUGGACAGCAUGGGAGGAAAAAAUCAAGCUGCACUAAAUGCAUUACUUCAGUAUCUGCGAGAUGAACACAAGGAUAAAAAAGGACAGCCAUUUGACGACAAUGGGUGGAAAACAGAGAGUUUAAAGGACAUUCCUCAACAAAUGAACGGUAGCGAUUGUGGCAUGUUUGCGUGCACAUUCGCCGAGUUCUCCUGCAGAAACGCACCAUACACCUUCACACAAAUCCACAUGCCCUACCUUCGACGGAAAGCAGUUUUUGAAAUAUUACAAGGAAAACUACUACUAUGA